GGCACUCAAAUAUUGGCCCAAAAUUUUCUUUCGAUAAGGUCUCAGAUUUGGAUACUCCACCAAGGCCUCAUUUCUUCUCCUUCACAUACCUAAACUGGGAAUUUAACUAACUUGAAACACCCCCACCCCCUCGAAGUCAGAAACCUUUUGGCUCCUAAGCACCUGCAGAAAAAUGGCUUCCAUCACCAUGACUGCAUCAUGCCUUGGCACCACCAGCCUCACAAAAGGGUCUCCCAGAAUAGCCCACCGUAGACUUGUGGUUGCCAAUGCUGCUAAAGGAGCUGAAGUGGAGAGUGCUAAGUUGAGUGGUGAGACCAAAAGAGAGUGCAACAAUGGCAGGAGGGAGUUGAUGUUUGCUGCUGCAGCUGCUGCCGUUUGCUUAGUUGCCAGGGUUGCAGCAGCGGAGGAGCCAAAACGUGGCACCCCAGAAGCCAAGAAGUUCUAUGCUCCUGUUUGCGUCACCAUGCCAACAGCUAAGAUCUGUCACAAGUGAGGCACUGCUGUACGUAGUGUUUGUCUGUAUGCUUACGGGUUUCUUGGAGUGCUAGUCGAUGUAAUUUGUUAGUGCUUGUAAUAUUUAUCUUGGAGAAACUUAAUUUAAUUUAGUGCGUUAUUUUGUCUGAUGAUCACAAUGGAUGUCUUGAUGGUUGAGACCAACUUUGUACUUGUUUGUUUCAUCAUGAUCACUCUGGUCUGGUUAUAAGUGCCCUGGAUUCUGAAAUCAUGUGUCCAAAACUGAAACUCACAUUUCCAAGUAGAACAAUUUGGAUUUUGGAAUAAGCUUGGUCAUGCAUGGUUCCGUCUACAAAAGAAAAGAAAAUCUUAAUUGUAU